AUGGGGACUAGGGGAGGAGGAAAACUCGGAAAAAGACGAGACGUUUUGAGGGGAUGUGGCGAAGUGGAAAAGUACCGAGAAGCCAAAGAACCUGUAACAACAAUCAAAUAUGGAAUUUCGCUGAGAGAUACAAAACAUAAGGGAGACAAGGCUUCUGAGAUGGAAUUUGAGUACAAUACUUGUGCAGCACUACAUAUGGCUUUAUCCACACAAAACAAUAGCAAGGCACAUGACACAUGUAUUUCUCUUGUGUUCAGAGCAAAAUUCACUUACAGGAAUUCAGUGUUACUUAAUUCUAAAGAGAAAAUUAGACACAUGGAUCUCAAGAAUCAAUCUGAAGAACAGCUUUUGAUUCCAAAGAUGAGUUGA